UAUUUCGCACGUAUAUCGCAUAAAAUGAUAGUAAUAUGAAUUACUACCGAGAAGACGUGAUAAUUAUCGAAUGUUUCGAUUCCUCGCAGCUAUGAUCGAUCGAAUAGAGCGAUCCCUGUUGCAUCAUCAGCUUUCGCUACUACGUCUUCAGUUAACGGAUUUCGCUGACCUUUUUCAAGGAAUCGAUUUAAAGCUGAUUAAAUGAAACUCUAACCUGUUUUCUCGUCUCGAUUAUCCUUGCCAAUGCCCUUAAUCCCGAUAUUAAUUUUCUCCAUCGUCAAAUAUAUUCUCUCGAGAUUCUUUUAUCUUUCGUAUUCUAUUGACGAGAUAAUAAAAAUGGGAAAUGUUAUCGCAAGAAUGGAUAUUGGUGACUUUUUUGAUUACGGGGUCAGCAAUAGCAAUGGUGCCCGUGCCCGUCCAUCAUAUGGCGGACGAGUUAUUGAGAAGCGGUCCAGACACUGUUAUUAGGAAACAACGAUCCUUGGAUAAGAAUCCGCAAGGAUAUUACAAUGACCUUCGUUCGUUUAAAUAUCACGGAGGAGAAGGAGAGAGAAAGCUCGAUAGGGAAUACCAAGGAGAAAGGGAAAUGGGAGAGGAAGACGAGGAAAUAGAAUUCUUGCCUAGUGAAACUGGACAAUUAGAGACCGUAGGGAACGGUUUUCAAUUGAACAAUAAACUACUCGAAAGGGCGUUGAUCGAUUAUUUGGAAAGCAUUCCGCAACAGGAGGAGCAAGUCCCAUCGCUGUUUCGAGAACGUGAACGAAGCUCCAGUCGUAAGAGAGAUUUUAACUCCGAUCGAUUAAACGUCGAUAAUAAAGAGUUGACGAAAUUGCUUCUGGAGGAGUUGCAGGAUGGAUCUCCCUAUAAUCUUGGAGACUUGGAUGAUGAAGGAUACGUGGACGUUCGUCAGAUGCUUUACGAUCGAUAUAGAGGCGAUCGAGGCAACAAGAUAUACGAAAAUUCAGGUCCAAUGUCCUGGGGAGCAUUGUUAAACAAAGAAUCGACGAUUCGACAAGGUAGAAUAUCCGACGAAAAUGAAUUCAACGAUCGGGAGCAAGAUCCGAAUCUGUUGUACCUAUCUAUGGAUGAACAAAGAAACAUGAAUGGUGGAUAUCCUACAGAACGAUCUAUGAGGACCUACAGAAACACGGCUAAACGUUAUUUCGUGGCUAAAAGAAGCCCGAAAGCCAUGCCUACCAAGAAAGAAAUUACCGAUCCUAAGGUUGCUCAAGAUUUAGGAGCAUUAUUUGGCGCCCAAUCUGUGAAUAAUCAAAAUCAUACGCAUAACUACAAGAAUCAUGAUCAUGAACACAAUCACGAUCUCGAUCAUGAUCACGAUCACGAUCACGAUCACGAUCACGAGCACGAUCAUGAGCACGAUCAUGGGGAUCAGCAUAAACACGAGAAUUCUUCGGAGACGCCAAAAGUGAUGUUGCCAUCAAAAGGGCAAAAAGAGAAUGUAACAAAAUUAAAUAAAUCGAAGUCUAUUGAAGUCAGGAAGAAGAGCGUCGAUUGGUCUCAAUAUUUUGGUAUCGAUAAAAGAAGGAAAAAGGCUGCAUUAAUGGCUGGACAAGGAACUCAAACUCAAGAUGAUGAAUGGAUGUUACAGCGAUAUUAUGAAAAUAUGGUGGAAAAUCUGAGACCGAACGAACGAGAUUACGAAAAGGAAAUUAACGAAGGGAAAGAUAAAUUGAACCAAUUGGAUUCGAGACAAAAAAACAUUAAAGACUUGAUUCUUGAAGAAGCUAUGAGAUAUGGAAAUUCUGAAGAAGAUAUAGAUAUGCAAAAGGUAAAAGAUAAGGUAAUGGCUCGUAUGGCUGCUGCGUAUUCUUUUGAGAAAAUGAGAAAAGCUCUAAACGAUCUCAGAAACAAUGUUGCGGCUAGAAUAGAGGCUCAAAAGGCGAUCUAUGCACAGAAUAAUCAAUCUUCGAACUUUCGAGAAAAUAGUAAUAUUCCUAAAUCCAAAGACAAACGCAUUAACAAUUUAAUCGAAACUGAAGGUAUGGAAGAAAAUAAAGCUUGUCCUGAGCUAAAAAUGAUCGAAAAACGAUGCAGAGUCGUAGAUACUUUAGGUGGAGAUGAAUCACAAAUACUCUAUCUUCCUUGCGUUAUGCUUCAAAUUUGCAAGGCCUGUGUACAAAAUGAUCUAGAAGAGGAAUGUUUAGGUAACUAUGCAAUGGAAGCAGGAAAAAUCUGUGAUGCUCAAGAAAUAAGAGAAGGGCCAAAGAGCAGAGAAGCUUGUGCUAGUACAGCUCUGGUAUUAUCGCAAUUACAAACACCAACAGCGAUUUCCGAUCAAUGUCGUCUCGAUGGAAACAAUUCUUGUUUACGAAGAUAUCAUUAUCGUUAUUGGCAUCGUUAUCUUAAUUAUCCUUAUAGUGGACGACGAUUGCAUACAGGUUAUGAUGCAAUUAGCUCUCAACAAUCGGAUUGAUAGAAAAUGAAUGAUGAAGUUUAAGUGAUACAGCAUCUAUAAUACAUCGAGAAUGCUUUAUUGAGAAAUGUGUUUGACCUCCAACAAAUCAGUGACCUCGAAUCGAGUUUCUUUUUUUUUUUAUCAACUUUUAAUAUUUUGUUCAUUUUGUUUGCAAUUAAAAAUAUAGUAUAGUAAGAUUUAGAUAAUAAGAUUAGGAUACUCAAAAUAAUAUAUUAUUUAAUAAUAGGAUAUUAUUUAAUAAUAGGAAGUUAUGUUAACUGUUGUUGAAAGAGUAUUUUGAAUUCAGACAAAAAAGAUCAAGAAAUCGAAUAAUAUUUUCAAAUCGAUUCGAGAACACGACGAUAAAAAUGAUUAUAGUAUUUGUGUGUAUAAUUAUAUAUUCUGAUAUCAUUUAAUAACAAAAAGAAAAGAGAGAUGGUUAAAUUUCAAAUUGAAAGAAUGUUCUCUUUGCGAGGUGUUUUUUAUUUUGAUAAUAAAUGCAACAACAAAUGAUAAAGGACAAUAACUUUCGACAAAAAUUUUAUUACUUUUUAAACAUAAAAUUAUUUAUUUGUGUUUCUUUUAAAAAAGAAAAAUUUGAAUAAAAUCAUGAGUAUGAUCAUGAGAAUUAUUUUAUUGAUAAAUAUAGAAAUCAAAAAAUCAUGUUUUAAACUCAUAAAGAAAAUAAAAAGUUCGAAUGAAUGAAUGCCUCGCAAAAAAAAAAAAAAAAAAAAAAAAAAUUAAUUGUGUAAUAAAAUAUAUCAAAACUGUCAUUAAAUAUCGAAAAGCAUAACACACGAUUAUAAUAGAUAAUUUCUAACAAUAUUCUCGUAUUCGCAAAAUAAAAAAAUUCAUUUUUCUUAUUUUAUUUUAUUUAAAUACAUUUAUAUUUUAAUUCUUCCAAAUGGUGCAACAUAAUGACAUAAUUUUUUUUCUAUUAUAUUUUCCGUCAUAAAAUAUAAUCGAUAUUAAAGUAAGAUAUUUAAUGAAAUUUAAAAAUAUAUCAUAAUUUUAUUACAAUGCAAAUUUAUAUUGUAUCCGAUAAAAAAUAUCUCUAUUGUUUGUUUUAUGUUAUAUAAAUCAUGAAUACAUUCUAUGUAUCAAUCCUAUAUUCGAAUAUAAUAAAUAUAUUUCAACAUAA